UACGGUUCUUUCAAGGGUGGAGAUGGUGAUGGCUCCAGAUGCUUGCCAUUAUGCGUACUCGGUUUCGGAUUCGAAGAUCAUAUGUGCCUUGAGCAAAGUAAACACAAGGGAUGAACAGAAAGUUCCUACUUCUGGAGUGUUCGGAAUGUUCCACGAGCACUUGCCAGUCCUGCAUCUGGCCUAUGCAAACCCGAUCGUACGGCAAUUGUUGAUCGAAAUGCACGUAAUUUUUGAGAAAUGCCGUCAAUCUGCUCAGCUCGGAAGGAUAACAGCUCUCGAAACAUUAUCAAUAUCUCGUGAAUAUCGGUCAGCAUUACUUCACUGUGCAGACGAAAUUGGAGGCGACGACGAAAAUGUUUAUAUGCGUGACUUCACCAUUUGGACACUCUUCGAAACCAUGUUUUUCAAGCAAGGAGAUACUCCGAUAUGCCUUGAUCUCAUCUCAUGGGGUUUGGAGUCAUUCACAUUUAUCGACAAACUUGUACAGAAAGCGUUCAAAGAGUUAGAUGAAGGUGUGGAUGUUGGUGGAGGAAGUUAUUGGAGAACGGUGUGCAUGACAAUGAUAGGAUGUCGAUUUGACACCUGCAUCGAUUUCUUAAGCCUUUUGAAAGGUGAUAAAGCAGCUGAAAGAUUCAUCAAUAUAUUGAGCAGCUUGGACUGGAAUUGGCUGACUGAUGAAGGAAAGAUCCCGAAGCUGGAUCGAUGGAAGCAUGAGCUGGCGUCAGCUCUCUCUUCUGGUGUAUUCGCCAGCAAUCGAAACAUUCUCUUCUUGGCGCAGUUGUUGAAUGGUGACAGGAAGAAUCUUGAACGAGCUGCUUCUGCUGUGGUAGCGGAAUGGUGGCAUCUGAUGCCUUUCUACACCUUCGUGAAAAAUGCCACAGUUGCCUAUAACGAGCUGGGACCGCUAGCUGAAAAAUGUCGUAGUUUAUUCGAUAACGAAAAGGAUAAUGGCGAUUUUGAUGCUUUUCUGUCUAUUCUGUGCAUGAAAGACAUUUCGGUGUUGCAGAAUCUGAUAUCGAAUCCGUGGCUUUCUGCUCACUUGAUUGACACAUUGUUACAUACUGAUUCUGAGUAUGCUUCCCUCCCCACAUUGGCGGAGAUCAGAGACUUUUUGCUGAUGGACUACGCAUCGGGAUUGAUUCAGGAUAGUUGCCUGUGGGAAAUAGGUGCAGAUUACUUGUUACAUUGUGGAUCUGAAGGUCGGCUAAGGCUGGAAAAUCACAUUGAGGCAAUGCAUAUCGAAGAUGAAGCAAUGGCGGAGAAUCUCAUGCGCAUAUGUGUGGAGCAGGAGCUGGAUGAUUCUAAAGCAUGCGUGGUGAAUACUAUGACUUACCGUUAUUUGCGGGAAGGAGAGUGGAGUGCUGCACUGUCAUGGGCUUUACGAGGUGGUCGAGGACCGGCCCUCGAUACUGCAGUCAACAGAAUUGUAUGGCAUGCAGACAAGAAUGAGCUGGCUUCCAUGAGUUUACUGGACCAUUUGGCUGACUACGUCGCUGAACUGGAGUCUCCAUCUCUCGCUUUCCUUUUCAACUACUAUCGUUUCCACCGAUUUUUGAGCAUUGGGGACGUCCGCUCUGCCGCACCGGUGUUAGUAUCACUAAUCUCCUCGACAAACGUUCCGCUGUCUUUCCACAAAAUUCUCUUCUAUUAUUUGAAGCUCAUUCUAGCGGAUGCUCCGCAGGUUCAAAUUCCUGCUGAAAAUUUACAUGAGCUGGUGUCGUUCUUCCGUCAGUAUUCCAUCGAUAACGGUGAAGACAUGGAAGAUUCGGAAGACACUGUUCGUUCGUUGAAGCAUCUUCUACUCCUCCGAUUAGCUGAUGCGGAGAUGGCUUCCGUAUGCGUACAAUGAUGCACCAGCACUAUGACGGAUCCCUAGAAGGAUGUGCUUACAGCUGAUCAUUUUAUUUCCAAAUAUAGGUGAUAAAUGUUUGGAAGUAUCUGAAGUGCAGACAAUGGUUGUGAAUCUAUCCGGUAAUAAAGUGAUCUUCGUGCUUUGCUGCAGUUUCAACAAACACAUAGCGUACUCCGAGCGACGACCUCGUGUGCUUUGCUGCUAUCUCUCUCGCGUUCUUUCUCGCUUUUCUUUUCACACUCUCGGUAAUGCGCGUUCUUUCGGCGAACUUACGCUGGACGGCUCUUUGCUGUCACCUCUGUUCUCUGCUAUCCUCACUUUUCUUUCGUGGAGACUGUUUCUGCACUGAGACUGUCCUUUCAUGUCGUUUUAUCAUGUCACACUGCACCUUUGUUUUCAAAGUCUUUAUCUUUGUUUCUGGUGUAAAAUGGCCACAGUAUUGUUUUCUGUCUAUGGAUGAUGUCAUCCGCUCUUGAGCUAUUUGGAUGCUUUGGGUCAUUGGAUCUUAUUAUAUGACCUCAUUAUCUUUGACCUGAGAGGUGGAAUUUCUUACGAACCAAUGUUGCUCUACACUAUUUUGAUCACAUUUUUUGACAAUGGAAGUCUUAUGCCUACUACUGUCAUUUUUUUCAUCCAUGCGUAUGACUUUUUCUCUACUUCAUAAUAUCGCUUGUUUUUGUUUCAUUUCAUUCUGCACAUUGUGAUUACCGAAAUUUCCCAAGGAGUAAUUAGGUUGGUAUAAAAAUUCGUCGCACCAUUUUUCAAACACUCAGAAC